UUAAUUACUUUAGCUGAAACAAAAAAAAAAAAAAAAAAAAAAAUGUGUUUUCGUUUAUUUUUAAUUACGAUCAAGUUUACAAAUAUUUAUUUGAGUGAGAUGAACAUGACUUCAAGUAAUGACUGGAGUGAAAUGAACUCAACUUUAGCAAAUUUAUUUGUUGAUUCCUCAGCAAACUCUUCUUUAACUCAAAACGAUGUAAACCACGCAGAACAUUUUAAUAUUACUGAAGAAAUUUAUUUUUCCGGUAUGACUUUAGACCAAAUUUGUCAACUUUUUGAAGUUAACAGUGAGAAUUGUUCGUGUUCGAAUCCUAGUUUAGAUUUUUAUUGUGAUAAUCAAUUUGAACAAGGUAAAGUAACAUUCACAUGUGAUUCCGUUUCAAGUAAAGCAAUAGGUAUUUCAAAUUUAAUAUCAUCAGUGAUUGCUUUGAUUGGUAAUGGAUUUGUAAUUGGUUUCGGAAUAUGCAUUUGGAAGGAUCUUAAAAGAUUUCGGCAAUUAAUUUUAGGUUUGGCUAUUUCCGAUUUAAUAUUUGCUAUUAUAGAAUUUAUAUUAAGCAUUCCUAGAAUAUGGACAUGUCAUUGGUUGUACGGUUUAUUAAUGUGUAAAGUCCUUUCUGCUGUAUAUGCAGCAAGUUCAAACAUUGCAGUGGGUUUCAUAGUCAUUGUUGCUGUUGAUAGGUACAUCGGGAUUGUACACAUGUUUAGUAAAAUGCUAAAUCAAAAUAGAUUAAGAGUAAUUGUAAUCAUAAACGUUGUGGCGGGAAUAUUAUCUGCUCUUCCACCAUUGGUGGUUCUUCAAGUUACCAGUUUUGAAACAUGCGAAGAAAAUUGGAGCAGUAGAAAAUCUAGUGUUUACACAAUGGUCUUAUUUUUUGUUUAUUAUCUCAUACCCGUAAUUGCACUUAUUGUUUUAUAUUGUAUAAUUAUUGUUUGGUUAAAAAAAGCUUACUUAAAGUGCAAAGCGUUAAAUAAUGCUCAACAAAUAUUGCGUUUGAAAAAAAACAAAAGAACUUUAGUUAUGCUGAUUUCAAUCUUAGCCUGUUUUGCAGUAUUAGUUCUUCCGAAUCGAGCUGUUUGGAUUAUAAACGAUUUUUACAGUUUGAGCAGUAUUAACAAUAAAAAUGUAAUCCGUUUUUUAAAGAUAAUGUUGGAGAUUUCGUAUGGAUUCCAUGCUGCUGUGAACCCUAUUAUUUAUUCAGUUGUAGAUCCUAAGUUUCAAUCUCAAAUGAAAAGGUUUUUCAACUUUUUAUCUAAAUUUCCUAAGCAUGAAGAUUCUAAACCUUCGAGUGGCUUGCAAUCAACAACUGAGGUGACAGUCACAUCGCCAAUUUAAAUGAUGGUUGUAAAUAACCAUUAAUUAGUUUUUCAAAACUUUUUUUAGUGUGUUAUAUUUUCAAAAUUACUAUUUUUGAAAUUUUAAUAUAAAUUUCUUUUAAGACCCAGGUUAACAUACUUUGGAAAAAAGUAAUAACAUUAGAUACCCGUUUAAUGUUCAAGGGUCUUGAGCAAUUCCUAAA